AUGGCUCCAGCUUUCAAGGUUUUCUUUUCUGAGCUUGACAACGAUAAGCACUACGAAGAGCUUAAGGAGAGAAUCCAAGCCGGUAAGAUCAGCGACUCUAAGGAAGUCGAGACUGAGCGUGAUAGUCUUCUUUACCCAGAGUACUUGGUCGCUGCUUCUCCAGCUGAAUCUAACAAGUACAACAACCAGAAGAACGUUGAUGGAGCCAAGAACGAUAAGGGCCACUUAGGUGACCCGGAGUUCAAAACCUUGUUCAACAAGCCUCACAAGAAGUUCGACUUGUCUCCUAACUUGGGAACUGAGAUCGAAGGUAUUCAACUCAGUGAGCUUGACGACCAGGGAAAGAACGACUUGGCUCUUUUCCUUGAAACCAGAGGUCUUGCCAUCUUCAGAGACCAGGACUUCCGUGACAAGGGACCAGAGUUUGCAGUUAACUUCGGUAAGUACUUUGGUCCUUUGCACAUUCACCCAGUGGCCUACUCUACUGAAAACCACCCAGAGCUUUUCGUUACUUUCCGUAAGGCUGGUGGACCUGCCAGAUACGAUGAGGCCUUCAAGUACACCACUGGCUCGUACGCAUGGCACUCGGAUGUCUCUUUCGAGGAGUACCCAUCUUCCUUCUCCUUCUUUGUGGCUUUGGAAGCUCCAGAGUCUGGUGGUGACACUCUUUUCCUUGAUGGAAGAGAAGCUUACAGACGUUUGUCUCCACAGAUGCAGAAGUUCCUUGAAGGUCUUACUGCUAUCCAUUCCAACUACGGUCAGAACAGAUUUGCUGCUCUUCGUGGCCAGGUUGCCAGAAUUAAGGCAGACUACUUUACUGAACAUCCUUUGGUGAGAACUCACCCUGUUACUGGAGAGAAGAGUUUGUUCUUCUCCAGAAUCUUCAUCCAGAAGAUCAAGGGUUUGAAGGCUUCUGAGUCUGAUGCUAUUCUCAACUUCCUCGAAGACCAUGUUACCAACAACCCAGAGUUCCAGGUUAGAGCUGCUCACAAGGGUACUGACUCUCGUUCUGUGAUUCUUUGGGAUAACAGAAUUUUGAUGCACUCUCACUGUAACGAUUUCUUGCAGCACCACACUUCUGCCAGACAUCACUUCAGAAUUACAUGUAUUGGAGAGAAGCCAUACUUGGACAAUGCUGAGGAAAAUGGUGAAGACGAGAGACCAAAGGCUUACUAA